UGUAAAAUUUUUUAUAUAGAAAUAAGGUUGUUUAUAAAAAUAAGCGAGAUAUUCAUUUCACCUAAUACAUAAUAAAAUUAAAAAUACAGAACCAUUCUACGAGAUACUGAAUUUUGAAUUUUUAAAGAGCAAAUUUUGACAUAUUUGACAAGAGAUUCUAACCUAUAAAGUUAUCUUCAGUUUUUAUACUUAUGACAUAAUAAACUCUUAGGUCUGUUUUAGAACUUAUUUAAAAGUUUACCCUUUCAGAAAAAUGUCAGGGAUAAUGUCUUCUAGAAUUCCAAUGAUACGAAGAGUUAUCCCAAUAGUAGCUCGGAGGUUUGUAUCCACUUCCCAAAAGAAGAAUGUUACAGCAGAAGCAGUAGAUGCUGCAAAAUCUAAAGCAAAAGUAGCAGACCAAAACUGGAUAAGUUACGGGUAUGAGUACACGUCGAAAACAGAUGACCGAAAUGCCAUGCAUUCAAUAAUGUUCGUCUCAAUCACCCUAUGUAUAGUUAUGGGAACACUCUUCUUUGCCUACAUGCCCGACUAUAAUUUAAGGGAUUGGGCACAAAGGGAAGCCUUUUUAGAAUUGCGGAGGAGAGAAGAACAAGGGCUGCCACCCAUAGAUGCUAAUUUUGUAGAUCCAUCAAAAAUUACGUUGCCAUCAGAUGAAGAAUUGGAAGGCGUAGAAAUUAUUAUUUAAAUACUCUCAAGAGCUGUGUAAAUUGUAUAUUUAUGAAGGAUGUCGGUGUGACUUUGGUUUGGAAAUUAUGUAUCUAAAGACUUUUAUAAUAGGUACUAAUAGUCAAUGUUUCAAUCCUUAAUCUUUAAUAAACCUACAAAAAAAUUUCUGCAUUUUUUUAAACCUAACAAUUUAAAAUUAUAAAAUCACACAUAAGUAUUGUAUUUAGUAAAAAACGAAAGUGAAUAAAAUGAUUUGAAUUUUUU